AUGAGGCUGAACAAGACCACCAUGGAUGGAAGCUCGUUAGAUGCUGAACAGGACUCAUCGUUCCGUGUACUCACAGGCUGCUUCCUCUCCUUGUUAAUACUCUCCACUCUAUUGGGGAACACUCUAGUCUGUGUGGCUGUGAUCAGAUUUCGCCAUCUCAGAUCGAAGGUCACCAAUUUCUUUGUAAUUUCGCUGGCCGUAUCCGACCUCUUGGUGGCCGUCCUGGUGAUGCCCUGGAAGGCUGUGAGCGAGAUCACGGGGUUUUGGCCAUUUGGUUCAUUCUGUAACAUCUGGGUAGCCUUUGAUAUAAUGUGCUCCACGGCCUCUAUCCUCAAUCUGUGUGUCAUUAGCGUGGACAGAUACUGGGCCAUUUCCAGUCCAUUCCGCUACGAGCGUAAGAUGACACCCAAAGUGGCUUUUAUAAUGAUCGGUGUGGCAUGGACCCUUUCAGUGCUGAUCUCCUUUAUACCAGUGCAGUUGGACUGGCACAAGGCUAAACCCAGCACUUUAUUGGAUUACAACACCACCAGUUCCCAGCACCCAGGGGACAACUGUGACUCCAGCCUGAACAGGACCUACGCCAUCUCCUCUUCCCUGAUCAGUUUUUACAUCCCAGUGGCCAUCAUGAUUGUCACCUACACCAGGAUCUACCGAAUCGCCCAGAAACAGAUCCGGCGGAUCUCGGCCCUGGAGAGGGCCGCCGUGCACGCUAAGAACUGCCAGAGCAACAGAAGCAGUGUCAGUAAUGCUGACAUCCAGCAGCCCGAGAGCUCCUUCAAAAUGUCUUUCAAAAGAGAGACCAAAGUAUUAAAGACCCUGUCUGUGAUCAUGGGCGUCUUCGUGUGCUGCUGGCUGCCCUUCUUCAUCCUCAACUGCAUCGUGCCCUUCUGUGAGGGCAGGGCCCGCAGCAGCAGCCCAGCCCCCUUGCCCUGUGUCAGCGGCAGCACUUUCGACGUAUUUGUCUGGUUCGGGUGGGCCAACUCCUCCCUCAACCCCAUCAUCUACGCCUUCAACGCGGAUUUCCGCAAGGCCUUCUCCACGCUGCUGGGCUGCGACGCUUUCUGUAACAGCAACGCGGUGGAAAUGGUCACCAUCCACAACGGGGUCUCCUCCUAUCACCCCGGGGGAUCCCUGGAUAAAAUGGAGAACUGCGUCUACUUGAUCCCCCAUUCGGUGCCCUGCCCUCUGGAAAACCCGGCGGAUCACAACCGCUGCGUCAAGCUCUCCCCCGUUUCCCAGCAUGGGGCGGUCAGUCUCCUGUCCAGCAAUGGAGACUAUGAGACGGACGUGUCCUUAGAAAAAAUCAUUCCUAUUACCCAGAACGGGCAACACAACACCUGA